CUGGCUUCUUCCUCGUACGCUGACCAAAAGGAUCGCAGCGAGAUAAUCAUUGUCACGGAACAACUCAAGGAGGGAUGAUAGCGUGCUGUGCAUCAUUGAGUCUGAUUGAGUCACGCGAAAAUCUUAAGAGAUGAAUGUUCGAAAUCAACUGAUUUUAUUUCUUCUCUGGUUCUUUUACCUCACCAUUGGAGUGCUAAUUUUUAGAGCUGUGGAACACGAUGGCGAAGGAAAGCAAGAGAAAUCCAAAGAGCAACGGCUAAAGAUAGCCAAAGACAAAAUAACAUCCGCGUACAACAUGAGCGAAGCAGAAUUCUACAAUAUUGUGCAGCAUAUUGAGGCAGCUUCGUCUUCGAAUGGCGUACCAGAAUGGAGCUAUCUCGAUUCUGUUUCUUUCGUGAUUCAACUUGUGACAACAAUAGGUAAUUAGAUGACAGAUCUUCUAAUUCAAAUAUCCUUAGAUACCGUAGAUCAAGCUAUGCGUGGAUCAAUGUUGCGUGAUGUUGUAAAAUUGUGAACACCUGUUGGUUCGUAAGUACUUGAGGAUGCAUGAAUAAUGUUAUAAAUCUUUGAAAUACGGAUAAGAAUUGACUUCUGUAAAAUCAGCGUCUGUGUUCAGGUAUUUUCUUCAUGAACCUAUCAGUUUCGAGAUGACGUAAUUGUCUCCAAAACCACUUCCGGGAACUAUUAUUAGAAGUUUUAUGUGUCCACAGAAAACAUUAGUGUAGUUUGAAAUUUUCGGUUUUAACGAAAGGAAAUAAAUAAAUUACUAAGAACUGAUUAAAACUUAUCAUGGCUCAGUGGAGCACCCUGAAUUUAUUCGAUCUUUUGCAAUCACGCGACCUUUCUUCUAUUCAAUGUGUCCAUUUUGUGAUGGGGCCUUAAACCCUGCAAAUCAUAGGCGUGUUUACUACGCAUUUUUAAUUUGUUUUCAAUUUCUGAUCAAGCGGCCAUAGCCAAAGAAGAGAAGUCAAGAAAUCUUCCUUCGUUUCAUUUAAUUUUAUUCAUUUAUUAUCAUUUUUUUCUUCGAGGUUAUGGUAACAUUACUCCAGUGACAAAUGGCGGUCGUGUGUUUUGUAUAAUCUUCGCUUUCUUUGGAAUCCCGAUAAACAUUAUGUUUUUGCAGUCCGUUGGUAAAGGCUUGCGUGAAGUCGAAAAAUAUCUCAUCACGAAAUUCGAAAAACGCUGCCUGAAGAGGAAUGAAAAGCCGAAAUUCCUAAAUGAAAAAUGUUCUCUGUGUGCAGUUGUGCUCUUCGUUACUUUGUUACUUAUUUCUGCGGCUGUCCAACAAACGAUUGACGAAUGGACAUUUUUGGACGGUUUUUACGCCUAUUUCAUCACGUUUACAACAGUUGGAUUUGGGGAUAUGAUACCAGGAGGCAGUUCAACAGAACAUCCCGUCAGGAACACAGUAGUUCGUAUCGUGUUCAUCAUCCUGGGUUUAAUGGCCAUGUCGAAUGUACUGAUCGCGGUUAUGGAGUCUACUGAAUGUCUACAAUAUUUGAAAACUUACAUGAAUUUUUGCAGAAGAGGGGAAAAUGUUGAUAUUCCUGAAACAAAGGAGAGCGGUGGUGGAGUAGAGUUAACUGAAUACCGUAACGAAGAUCCGAAAAACAACGAUUCGCAGCUUGCAGCGCCAAUAUGAAGUGUAUUGAGAGAGGAUCAUUUGAAUACUACAGGGUGAAACCCCCCUCCCCCCCCCCGCGAUAAAUAAUGACCGUUCCUCAGUAGGGAGGCAUAGGGAAUUCUUUUCUAUCCUCCUACUUCUACAGCACACUUUGGGGAAUUUAGGACAUGAGUGAAAAUUACAGUUCUUUUUUUGCUAUUUUCUGCUGCUAUGAAUAUCAUGAUCAAACCUACAUGGCUCCUACAUCUAGCGAGUUCGAGCAAUUUAGAAUCCAUUUGUACUUUAAAAGUGUAUCCAUUUGAUUUAAUAUAUUUAGAACUUUAAUAAGUUUUAUUAGGUUCGUUUAUGGCGAUUUCUGUGCGGUUUAAAUAAUUUUUGUUUAUAUGCGCCAAACACAAAUGGAACCUUGUGAAAAAUAAAGACCUUGACUGCCUCUACUUCCCCUCCCCUUCAGAAUCCAAUCCUUCCCCUCCC